UGUGAUGCUGAUUGACUGGGGGUGUGCGCAGGAGGUUUGCGAAGGCGACGGCGCGCCGUUGGUGUCAUGCGGAAGAUGGCGGCGUCCAAGGGAGGCUGAGGGCUUUGAGGAAGCGGUGAGAGGUUUCCGUACAGCCCGAACGUGCGGUUUUGGGGGUCCCUUCGCUCUGUGUUUCCUGCUCCAGGUUUCGCGUCGCGCAUCUUCCCAGACCCUCGGGCGCGAUGUGGAGGAGCUGCCUCCGGCUGCGGGACGGGGGACGCCGUCUCCUGAAUCGGCCUGCGGGUGGUCCCUGCGCUUCUAUGAGUCCGGGGCCAACCAUCCCGUCUCCAGCCCGGGCUUACGCCCCGCCGACAGAAAGGAAGAGGUUUUAUCAGAAUGUCAGCAUCACACAGGGUGAAGGUGGCUUUGAGAUAAACCUGGACCAGAGGAAGCUGAAAACUCCCCAAGCCAAGCUCUUUACCGUCCCCAGUGAGGCCCUGGCCAUUGCAGUGGCCACUGAAUGGGAUUCCCAGCAGGAUACCAUCAAGUACUACACCAUGCACCUGACCACAUUGUGCAACACAUCCUUGGACAACCCAACCCAGAGAAACAAGGAUCAGCUGAUCCGGGCAGCCGUGAAGUUUCUGGACACUGACACCAUCUGCUACAGGGUGGAGGAGCCUGAGACAUUAGUGGAACUUCAAAGGAAUGAGUGGGAUCCAAUCAUCGAAUGGGCUGAGAAAAGAUACGGCGUGGAGAUCAACUCCUCCACCAGCAUAAUGGGACCCAGCAUCCCCGCCAAGACGCGGGAGGUGCUCGUCAGCCACCUGGCAUCUUACAACACGUGGGCUUUACAAGGGAUUGAGUUUGUAGCUGCCCAGCUCAAGUCCCUGGUGCUGACCUUGGGCCUGAUUGACCUGCACCUGACAGUGGAGCAGGCUGUGCUGCUGUCACGCCUGGAGGAGGAGUACCAGGGAGGAUUUCCAUGUCAGCUAGAAAAAUUUGUCCAACCUGCUAGGAUGGCUUGGCAUUGACUCACCUUGUCUACUAAACGUGUACACCAGGAGUUGAUUCUGGUCACCAGCUCAUCUUCUCGAUUGUCAAUCUUCAGAAGGUGGAUGUCGUGCGAUGCCCCGACAGCAUUAACAAUCGUAUCUUUAUCGACAAAAAGCUGGUGAGUGAAAAGAAUCCAAUGAGAACAUGUGUGUCAUUACACCCUGAACACAAAGAGAGCUGAAUAGAAAAGGAGCAUUUGGAAGUCCCCUGGCUGUGCAGGCCACACUCAGAGCAGAGCUCACCUUUGUAUCAGCGCACUCUGCCGAUUCAUCUGUGAAUUCAUCUGUGACAGCUGCCUCCCCAACCGCGCAGGGCAGGUGUUGAGGGGAAAGGGCCAACCAGGGUGUUACUCUGCAGUCCCCGCUGGAAGCAUGUUUCCUCCAGGGUGAAGGCAGAUGGCUGCCCAGGGGGCACCUCACCCAGGACAUCUGUUCUCACAAUGCUUCUCUCUCAGUUACUCUCAAGUCUGACUUGCCCAAAACCUCUGCCUGCUGGGUGGAAGCAUGAGACUGGCUGAGGGUCUUGGGGCUGCUCUGAAGACAGCAGGCCCUAUAAACUGAUGGGUGUUCACCCCACAGUUGUCUCUCCACUGCCACUCAUGUCAACAAAACCAAACCAUGGAUUCCAUCUGGGGUCUCCUUCUGCCUUCUCUUGUUCCUGACUUUGCUGUCUUGUAAAAAGUUGUUAGAAACAACCACCCUCUAAUAGGCCUCACUGGUUCCAGGUGUUGACACUGUAGCUGUCGUUGCCUGGGAUGGUGGAAAUGCCCAGAGCAGGGCAAGGCCACCGAAGCACUCAGUAAGCAGUUGCUUCCACCUUGAAGCAGAGGCGUUUGGUAAGGAAGAGCACGUGAAUGCUCUGUAUUGCAGGGAGGACUUGCAAGUGGAGUGUACACUUUUUGUUCUUCCCUGUAGUGGCAGUUAACGGUCUCUAAAACAUGUUCUGUGGAAUCUUAUGUUAAUAUUUCUACCAAAAAAAGUAUUCUUUGGUCAAACACAUUUGGGAAAGCCAGCACCCCCAGGCCCCUCCUGAAGAUUUGCAGAGCACAAAGUAUUCCAGAGGCUCUACAAAGUCCUGUGGAAAAUAAACCCUUUAAGCUUUGUCUCUCUUGGUUUUUCAACUUUUUUGGCCACAGACUUCAGAGUAAUGCCUGUUAAUGUCUUGUGGGAUGCUGAUUUUCCACAGAAUCCCAGUGGGAAAAGCCAGGUUAGCUGAUAUGUGGAAUGGGGUAUCUGGGGGACCAAUUAGCACAGUCACAAGGGAGAAAUGUCAAGAAAUCAUUAAGUUCUUUCCAUGUGUGUACAAGGUCCCAGGCCAGGCUCUGGGAAUGGUUCAAAGGUGUGUAAAGCCUAUUUUCGGUGAGCGUUGGCAGUGUGCUUAGAAAUGAGUGUUCUGGUUAUUUUAGAGAUAACUACAACCACAGUGUCAACCCAUCACGAAAAGGUUUUCAUCCUUCAUCCUAAAAAGUGGGUCAUAGUGGAGCUUUUAGCCAGGCAGAGAAAUCAUCCCCCUCAGAGUUUGAAUAUGUAGAAAACAGCUUCAAAAGCUGUGAGAAGCAACAGAAACUGAAGUCUGCUUAGAAAGAUACAUGAUUAGAAUUGGUUAUGAAAAACAGUGUGACAUUUGUAAAAUGCAAAUAAAAGGAAACUGGGUUUAAGGGAA